CCUAAGCGCAGACGCACUGAGCCCAAGCAGCCAGUGAUGGCGGCAGCGGCAGCAGUGGCUGCGGCGGGUCCGGGCCCAUGAGGCGACGACGGAGGCGGGACGGCUUUUACCCAACGCCGGACUUCCGAGAUAGGGAAGCUGAGGACAUGGCAGGAGUGUUUGACAUAGACCUGGACCAGCCAGAGGAUGCGGGCUCUGAGGAUGAGCUGGAGGAGGGGGGUCAGUUAAAUGAAAGCAUGGACCAUGGGGGAGUUGGACCAUAUGAACUUGGCAUGGAACAUUGUGAGAAAUUUGAAAUCUCAGAAACUAGUGUGAACAGAGGGCCAGAAAAAAUCAGACCAGAAUGUUUUGAGCUACUUCGGGUACUUGGUAAAGGGGGCUAUGGAAAGGUUUUCCAAGUACGAAAAGUAACAGGAGCAAAUACUGGGAAAAUAUUUGCCAUGAAGGUGCUUAAAAAGGCAAUGAUAGUAAGAAAUGCUAAAGAUACAGCUCAUACAAAAGCAGAACGGAAUAUUCUGGAGGAAGUAAAGCAUCCCUUCAUUGUGGAUUUAAUUUAUGCCUUUCAGACUGGUGGAAAACUCUACCUCAUCCUUGAGUAUCUCAGCGGAGGAGAAUUAUUUAUGCAGUUAGAAAGAGAGGGAAUAUUUAUGGAAGACACAGCCUGCUUUUACUUGGCAGAAAUCUCCAUGGCUUUGGGGCAUUUACAUCAAAAGGGGAUCAUCUACAGAGACCUGAAGCCGGAGAAUAUCAUGCUUAAUCACCAAGGUCAUGUGAAACUAACAGACUUUGGACUAUGCAAAGAAUCUAUUCAUGAUGGAACAGUCACACACACAUUUUGUGGAACAAUAGAAUACAUGGCCCCUGAAAUCUUGAUGCGGAGUGGCCACAAUCGUGCCGUGGAUUGGUGGAGUUUGGGAGCAUUAAUGUAUGACAUGCUGACUGGAGCACCCCCGUUCACUGGGGAGAAUAGAAAGAAAACGAUUGACAAAAUCCUCAAAUGUAAACUCAAUUUGCCUCCCUACCUCACACAAGAAGCCAGAGAUCUGCUUAAAAAGCUGCUGAAAAGAAAUGCUGCUUCUCGUCUUGGAGCUGGUCCUGGGGAUGCUGGAGAAGUUCAAGCUCAUCCGUUCUUCAGACAUAUUAACUGGGAAGAAUUGCUGGCUCGGAAGGUGGAGCCCCCGUUUAAACCUCUGUUGCAAUCUGAAGAGGAUGUGAGUCAGUUUGAUUCAAAGUUUACACGUCAGACACCUGUUGACAGCCCAGAUGACUCAACUCUCAGUGAAAGUGCCAACCAGGUCUUUCUGGGUUUUACAUAUGUGGCUCCAUCUGUACUUGAAAGCGUGAAAGAAAAGUUUUCCUUUGAACCAAAAAUCCGAUCACCUCGAAGAUUUAUUGGCAGCCCACGAACACCUGUCAGCCCAGUCAAAUUUUCUCCUGGGGAUUUCUGGGGAAGAGGUGCUUCAGCCAGCACAGCAAAUCCUCAGACGCCUGUGGAAUACCCAAUGGAAACAAGUGGAAUAGAGCAGAUGGAUGUGACGAUGAGUGGGGAAGCUUCAGCCCCACUGCCAAUACGACAGCCGAACUCCGGGCCAUACAAAAAACAAGCUUUUCCCAUGAUCUCCAAACGACCAGAGCACCUGCGUAUGAAUCUAUGACAGAGCAAUGCUUUUAAUGAAUUUAAGGCAAAAAAGGUGGGGAGAGGAUUUAUGAGUAUCCUGCAGGGUGAAACACGAAGGCUGGACAUGACAGUCUCGAAGACUCAGUGUCAUUACAUAGAACACUUUGGACGGAGGGAAAAUAAACCUGGAUUUUUAAAAAUCAAUCAAUGGUGCAAAAAAAAAAAGCAAAAUAGUAUUGCAGAACUCUUAGGCACAUCAAUUGAUUCCUAGCGACAUCUUCUCAACCUUAUCAAGGAUAUUCAUGUUGAUGGCGUGAAACUGACAGUAUUAAGGGUAGAAUGUUGCUUUUGAAUCACUGUUGAGUUCUGAUUAUGUCGAAGAAGGGUUAUCCUUUUAUUAGGCAAAGUAUGAAAUUGCCUGUAAUACUUGCAACCAAGGACAAAUUAGCAUGCAAGCUUGGUCAAACUUUCCAGCAACAUGGAAUCAAAGACAAAAGAAAUUUAUCAAUUGAUGUUUUACGUGCAAACAACCUGAAUCUUUUUUUUAUAUAAAUAUAUAUUUUUCAAAUAGAUUUUUGAUUCAGCUCAUCAUGGAAAACAGCCCAAACUUUAAAAUGCGAAAUUAUUGGUUGGUGUGAAGAAAGCCAGACAACUUCUGUUUCUUCUCUUGAUGAAAUAAUAAAAAUGCAAAUGAAUCAUUGUUAACCACAGCUGUGGCUCGUUUGAGGGAUUGGGGUGGACCUGGGGUUUAUUUUCAGUAACCCAGCUGCAAUACCUGUCUGUAAUACUAGGAAAAAAAAUCUAUUUAAUCAUUUCUAUUUGCAGUACUGCUAUGUGCUAAGCUUAACUGGAAGCCUUGGGAUGGGCAUAAGUUAUAUGUCCUAUAUUUCAUCCUUGUCCUGGGCCUGCAUUGCACUGGAAAAAUAUCGCCACCUGUUUCUAUACCAGUAUUUGGUUCAAGACGCCAAAUGUGUUCAGCCUGCGGCUGAAGAAGGACGGAAGAGAGUCAGGAUAAAAUGCACACUGAGGGCGGCAAAGUGAGGGAAAUAGGGAGAUCCAGGGGAAGAGGGUGUUGCCAUAGCCCACUCUCUAUGUCUAAUCUCUUUACAGCAGAUUGGUAAGGUUUUAAGUUUUACUUUUUACUGUCUACCUUCCUUACAUUUUUUCCUCAACAGUUUUAAAAGGGAAAAAGGUUCUUUUCUUCUAUACUGGGGCUACAUUUUUUGAUUGUAAAAAUAUUUGAUGGCCUUUUGAUGAAUGUCUUCCAAGGUGAAUAAGAAAACUUAGUGACUUAAUUAAGGAAACAUGUUAACAGACAUUAUGUUUUUGAAAUUGUAACAAAAUCUUCGUCAGUGAUUUACCGGUACACAGAAUAAAAAUAAAGGUAACUUUACCUUUCUUAAAUACUUCCUGCCUUAAAGAGAGCAUUUCCAUGACUUUAGCUGGUGAAAGGGUUUAAUAUCUGCAGAGCUUUAUAGAAAUAUAUUUCAGUGCAUACUGGUAUAAUAGAUGAUCAUACAGUUGCAGUUAAGUCUUAUCGCCUCUUUCUGUCGUUUAUAAUGUCUUUAGUCUGAGUGUGCAAAGUCAAUUUGUAAUAUUUUGCAACCCUAUGAUUUUUUUUAAAUAGAUGCUGCUUGCUGUGUUCUUCAAACCUUUUUGAGCCAUAGGAUCCAAGCCAUAAAAUUCUUUAUGCAUGUUGAAAUCAGUCAGAAAAGAGCAAAGCUUUGCUUAUUUUAAUGGCAGUUCAAGUGAGAUGAGUUGAAAUCCUACGACAUUAAGCAAAAACAGAUUCAUGAAAAAUGAUUGGAAGUAUCUUUUCAAUUGUGGCAAUAAAUGAAUUAAUAAGUUCAUCUUUGGACAGAAAGCGCUUUUUUAAAAAUCACUCCUAAUCCCCCAUUUUCCCAUUAUUGUAGCAGCCUACUGAGAACUUUAUAACUGUAGCUAAUAAAUUAGUAGCUACCAUAAUGAUAAGGGCAGAAAUUAUAUUUAAAGUGCAGAUUUUUUUAUAGGCUCUAUUUCAGACUGUAAAUGGCUUGUGAUACGCUGAUACUUAUUUUCAAAUGUAUUUACUAAUUGUGGUGUUGACUGCCUGACCAAAUUCCAGCAAAAUUUUUACACCAAAAUAUUCCUUCUCAGUCUUAUUUGCUACUAACAUUUGCACUGUGAUUGGCUGGCUAUAAACACCCUAUAGUUAAACCAUUUUCAUAAUUAGUACUGCUAGCAAUAGUGGCAAAUACUGCAACUUCUCUGCAUAAAAGCAUUAAUUGCACAUCUACCAUCCACACAAAUACAAUUUUCCAAGUUAACAUUAAGGGAAGUUAAUUUCCUGUGCUGUGGCAGGUUUGAGAAAUUGUGUUUCAUAAAUGGAUAUCCCUGCUGUGACUGUGAAAACAUGUCAAGUGCCACUUUAGUGUCACAGACAGAAAGCACACACCUAUGCAAAAUGGCUUGCCCUAUAUUUAUUUGUAAAAAUCCAAGCAUAGUUUAAAAUAUAUGAUGUCAAUAUUACUAGUCUUGAGUUUCUAAGAGGGUUCUUUAUGAUUCUUCCAGGUAAGUGUAUAAAAGAGAUUAAGUGCUUUUCUUUCAUCACUUGAUUAUUUUCUUUAAAAUCAGCUAUUACAGGAUAUUUUUUAAUUUUAUAUACAUGCUGUUUUUUAAUUAAAAUAUAAUCAUUGAGAACUGAAGUUUACUAAUUUUGAUUUUAUAAGGUUUGUAGCAUUACAGAAUAAACUGGGAUUUAUAAACCAGCUGUGAUUAACAAUGUAAAGUAUUAAUUAUUGAACUUGAACCAGAUUUUUUAGAAAAUUAUAUUCUUUCCCCUUUAUGGUCUUAACUAAUUUGAAUCCUUCAAGAAGGAUUUUUCCAUACUAUUUUCUUGAGAUAGAAGAUGAUGAGGGUGGGGUGAGGGAGAAUGCAUGUAUGAUGCUCCAUAAAUUCAACAUUCUUUAAGUAAUAAAUGAUUAUAAACAAGAUGCAUCUUCAGUAGUAUUAAUACACUGAGCCUUGGAUUUUAUAUUUAAUAUAGGACCUAACUCUUUUGGUAACUCAGUCAUAUGGUUCCUAGCUUACAAGGGCUAGAUCUAAGAUUAUUCCCAUGAGAAAUGUUGAAUUUAUGAAGAAUGGAUUUUGAGACUUUGAAAAUGGUUAAUUUCUCAAAUAAUAACAUCAAUGUCCGAACAUCUUUUUUUCAUAGGAGUAGACACUAGCAAGCUGGACAGUCAUAAAAGUACUUGUCACACUAUGACCUGUGGUCUGUUGCUGAUUGAUAUAGAACUUUUCUUGUGUGAUUCUUAAAUUACCACUACAGCACAAGUAUUAUCUCAGUGGAUUAUGAAAUAACACCUGAAAGAUGGGUUCAUCUGUGUUUGCUCUUUAAACUAUUAUUUUUUCUUAUCCCAAGUUGGCUUUGCAUCUAUCAGAGUAAAUUCUUCAGCUGCCUUAUUAGGAGUGCUAUGAGGGUAACACCUUUUCUGCUUUUCAUCUUGUAUUUAGUUUACUGUAUUAUUUGAUUUCAGAUUGAAUGAAUGUAAAUAGAAAUUAAAUGCAAAUUUGAAUGAACAUAA